UAGGAACCAAUGCUAAUUACAGAAAUUCAUAUAAAAUAAGUAAUCACUUUAACAGUUUAAUCACAGUCUCUUAAUUUGGAGACAACAGGUUCAACAUACAAUGAAUUUUUUAAUACUCUUCCAGUGAAUGAGGUAGCAGUAUAUUAUGAACUUCAUUCUCAUUCAAGCAUUGCUGCUGAGUAAAGGAACUUAGUUUGGUCAUUUUGGCUCUUUGACCAAUUAAAUUAGACAAUGUUCCUAAAACAAUGAACAUUUAAGUAUUUAUAAUUAUUAUAAGACAUACUGAAUCUUCAAAAUAUUAGUUAGACAUAAUAGACAGCAGUGUUGGGAAGUUAAUGCUUUUGGGUAAUUAAAUUACAUUACUAAUUCUUCAUCAAAAGUUGUGACUAAAUUAUUUUUAAGUUACUUUAUUUUAUUUGGUCAAGUUACAUUUCUUUUGAGUUUAAAAAGUAAUUCAAUUACAAUAGAAGUUACUUUUUAUUUACAAACGGGUUUUUUCAUCUUUUGCUACUACCUAUAAUAAUUAUCGACCAACAAUAAUGGCAUCAGCACCAUACGUGGACGAAUAUCUUGACAGUUUGGGGAACCUUCCGGUGGAGUUAAAACGUAAUUUCGCUUUGAUGCGAGAGCUCGGCGGUAGAUCUCAAGAAGAGAUGCGCUACAUUGAUAAACUGUCGAACGAUUUUUUGUCAAAUAUCGAUAUCUACCACGGAAGCAAAAAGAUAGAAAAAAUGAACAAAAUACAGCGUAAAUUCAAUAAAGCAAAAGAAUAUGCCGAUGAUAAAGUUCAAUUGGCUAAUCAAACUUAUGAAUUGGUGGAUGAAUAUAUUCAGAAAUUAGAUUCAGAGUUGACACGUUUUGAAGAGGAAAUGCAAGACAGAGCCUCCAGUACUUCAAGAUAUGAAGAGGAAAGUUUACCGAAAUGUGGACGUAAGAAUAAUGACAAAGAAAUUAACUAUACUACAAGUGAAGAAAACACUUACAAAACAUCUAAAAAGAAACAAAUAAGAAAAGUUUUUGCAAAAACAUCUGGUACAUCUGGUGGUUGGCUUCCAGUCAAAAUCAAAACAUCUUCAGUCAGUGCUGUUUCUAAUCCGAUAAACCCUACCAAUAGCGUAGCCAGUGUUGUGGUAGAGACCCGUACUGAUGUUGGAGCUGGAGUUGUACAAUCCCCGGAAGUAAUAGACAUGCCUGUUGAUCCAAAUGAACCAACUUAUUGUUUAUGCACCCAAGUCUCGUAUGCUAAAAUGAUUGGCUGUGAUAAUCCAGAUUGUCCUGUUGAAUGGUUUCAUUUUACAUGCGUCAAAUUAAUUAUCAAGCCCAAGGGAAAAUGGUUUUGUCCAAUAUGUUUGAAAAAUAAGAAGAAAAAAUAACACAUUUUAACUAUGAAAUAAUUUAUUUUUUAUUUUUUAACUUACACAUAUUAUAUAGGACAAUUAAUUGAAAUUAU